GGUUAGUCUCGCGCGGCCGUCGCGAGCGCGUGAGGGACCCUGUUUCUUGUCGCGCGCGGGUAGACAGCGGCAGCAGCAGGAGCAGUAGGGGGCCGUGUGAGGGAGCCAUGAAGCACUAUGAGGAAGAUCCUUGGUGAAGUGGGAGCACAGUCAGAACCUACUUUUUGCCUUAUUGUGAUAAAAAAUCGUCCCAAGAAGUGGGUGCUUCAGGUGGAGAUUCUGGACGCAAAGACGCGGGAGAAGCUGUGCUUCCUGGACAAGGUGGAGCCCCAUGCCACCAUUGCCGAGAUCAAGAACCUUUUCACCAAGACCCAUCCGCAGUGGUACCCUGCUCGCCAGUCCCUCCGCCUGGACCCCAAGGGCAAGUCCCUGAAGGAUGAGGACAUUCUGCAGAAGCUGCCCGUGGGCACCACGGCCACACUCUACUUCCGGGACCUGGGGGCCCAGAUCAGCUGGGUGACGGUCUUCCUGACUGAGUACGCAGGGCCCCUCUUUAUCUAUCUGCUCUUCUACUUCCGCGUCCCCUUCAUCUAUGGCCACAAAUACGACUUCACGUCCAGCCGGCACACGGUGGUGCACCUCGCCUGCAUCUGCCACUCAUUCCACUACGUCAAGCGUCUGCUGGAGACACUCUUCGUGCACCGCUUCUCCCAUGGCACCAUGCCCUUGCGCAACAUCUUCAAGAACUGCACCUACUACUGGGGCUUUGCCGCCUGGAUGGCUUAUUACAUCAACCAUCCUCUCUACACGCCCCCUACCUAUGGAGCUCAGCAGGUUAAACUGGCACUGGCCAUCUUCGUGAUCUGCCAGCUUGGCAACUUCUCCAUCCACAUGGCCCUGCGAGACCUGCGGCCAGCGGGGUCCAAGACCAGGAAGAUCCCAUACCCCACCAAGAACCCCUUCACGUGGCUCUUCCUGCUGGUGUCCUGCCCCAACUAUACCUACGAGGUGGGGUCCUGGAUUGGCUUUGCCAUCAUGACACAAUGUCUCCCAGUGGCCCUCUUCUCCCUGGUGGGCUUCACUCAGAUGACCAUCUGGGCCAAGGGCAAGCACCGCAGCUACCUGAAGGAGUUCCGAGACUACCCACCCCUGCGCAUGCCCAUCAUCCCCUUCCUGCUCUGAGCUGCUGCCCACCUCCCAGGCUCUCUUCCCUCUGUCCCAGGGUCAUUCUGGGGGAGAGGGGACUGCCACUCUCCAGGGCUUGGAAUAAAACCUGCCUGUCCCUGCCAAA